AUGCAGGCUCCCAAGGCAGCUGGUGCUUUGCCCCAAACAGUCACAUCCCCAAUUAUUUAUGCAGGACAGAAACUUGCUAGUUGUGGGAGCGACAAGACUGUUCGCAUCUGGUCAAGGGACUCUUCCGGCCGGUGGCUCUGCUCUGCAAUACUGGAAGAUUGCCACACAAGGGCUGUGCGAUCUUGUUGCUGGUCCCCAUGUGGCCAGUACCUGGCGACUGCCAGCUUUGACGCCACCACUGCAGUGUGGGAGGAGCAGGGUGGAGAGUGGGAGCAGGUAGGUACACUUGAAGGCCAUGAAAACGAAGUCAAGAGUGUUGCAUGGCACCCAGAUGGAAAUCUGAUCGCGACCUGCAGCCGCGAUCGCACUGUGUGGCUGUGGGAACCUGUAGAUGCUUGCGACUACGAGUGUGUGGAUGUCAAGCAUGGCCAUUCUCAAGAUGUCAAGAUGGUGCAAUGGCACCCUGGGGGCCAAGUUUUGGCCUCUGCCAGUUAUGACGACUCGAUCAAACUGUGGACAGAAGAUGUGGAGGGGGACGAAUGGAACUGUGCGCAAACACUGGGAGGCCCUGGAGGGGGCCACACUUCCACCGUGUGGGGACUGGCCUUCGAAGAGGGGGGCGCUCACAUGGUGUCGUGCAGCGGGGACCUUACACUGAAAAUCUGGCAGUGCGAGAUGGACGGCCGCCAGCCUGAAUGGAAGCUGGCAAGCACAAUGUCUGGAUACCACACCAGGACGAUCUAUAGCGUCGACUGGUCCAAGUUGGGUGUCAUCGCAUCAGGCUGUGGAGACAACGCCAUUCGGUUGUUCUCUGGAGACAAAGGCGUGAGCAGCGACGGGUGUGCCUCGGGUUGUGCGUCCUACCGAAUGCUGACAUCUGUGGAGGGGGCCCAUUCCCUGGACGUGAAUUGCGUCAAAUGGAAUCCUCAGGAUCCCACAAUUCUGGCGUCAUGCGGGGAUGAUGGGCUCAUACGCAUGUGGUCGUACAAGCCUGACGCCGUUGCGGGGACCUCCGAGUAA